CAGCUUGUACUCUCCGAGGCGGGGAAGCAGCGGUAGCGAGCCGGGACCUCCAGCAGUCGAACGCCGCCGGGACAUGCUCGCAGCCUGACUGACCGCAGGUGGCCGCCGCGCCCGGGACACGAAUGAAGAAACAGCUGCUCCUCCUGUUCACACACCGGGGACUCGUCAGCCGAGGGGGCCGCAGGGGGAAGCGUCGCCGAAAAUGGCCUCGUUCAGCAUCCGCGCCGCGCGUCCCGAGGACUGUCCCGACCUGCUGCGACUGAUCAAGGAACUGGCGAAAUACGAGGACAUGGAGGACCAGGUGGUGCUAACUGAGAAAGGUACGGAGGGUGCAAGAGCUCACUCGGUUGGUGGCCGAGUGACAGCGCCUGUGGCUCAGGUGCGUGUGUAUUCUGCUUUUCUAGAGCUGCUUGAGGAUGGUUUUGGCGAGCACCCUUUCUACCACUGUCUGGUUGCAGAAGUGCCGAAAGACCAGUGGUCGUCUGAAGAAACAUGCGUUGUGGGCUUUGCCAUGUAUUACUUCACUUACGAUCCGUGGAUUGGGAAACUGCUGUACCUUGAAGAUUUUUAUGUGAUGGCUGAGUACAGAGGACUUGGUAUUGGGUCAGAAAUUCUGAAGAACUUGAGUCAGGUGGCUGUGAAGUGCCGCUGCAGCAGCAUGCACUUCCUCGUGGCGGAGUGGAACGAACCCUCCAUCAGGUUCUACAAGAGAAGGGGCGCCUCGGAUCUGUCCACCGAGGAGGGCUGGAGGCUCUUCAAGAUUGACAAGAAGUAUCUCUUGAAGAUGGCAGCAGAGGAGUGAGAGAUUAUUCCAGCAAAUAAAUGUUUUCUGCGAAUAUAUGUGCUCUCUGAAUAAACUUCUUGCUUUCUGUGUAUGUACAAGUUUGUAGUGGAAUAAAGUAGUGUGGAUGCUAAUAAUGGCAGUGCAGGUGUGGUUAUAGAGUAAUGGUACUGUGAUCUGGAGCUGAGGCAUCUGUGAAGUUCAGUAUGUGCUUGUGUGUGCAUCCUUUACCAGUGUGGGCUUGUAAUCCCUGUAUAUGGAGACUUCAUUCUUGUAAGUGUCAUUCAAAUGUGUACAAUGUACACACUGGUAGGGUUUGUUUUAAUUAUUGCCUUUUAUAAAAAUAAAAUAGUGUUUUCACUUCA